AUGGAAGGGGCGCUCCAACGUCCCUUCCAUCAGACGUGGGUAAGGGGACCAGAUGUUGCAGGGAUAUACUUCUUAGCGUCCACGCUAAGAAAGACCCACUUCUGUGGGCAUCUUGCCGUAAAUUACGUGCCUAGCAUCGCAAAGCGCUGGCUAUCCGCCGCGACCCAUGCUUCCACCGGCGCUCUACUGUGCCACAGCAACUUGGUACUAGGUAACAGACGAACCAUCUUUAUUGAUUACUUUGCACCAUUUGGCACCAUUGUCGACUCUGGCGGAAUAGGUGCUAUGUUUCAGAUUGUUCCGUGCGGAUCUGGUACCGUUCGUCCCAGGUUCACCGAACAGCGGAGCCGAUGGACUGACACGCUACCGCUAUUACGCUAUAUGCGCCGCAUCUAG